AGUUGACAGUUCGGCAGCACAGCACAUUUUGUACGGUUUACGCAAUUGACAAUUUUCCCCUAAAAUUGUAAAAAGGCUUAUUUGCUCCCUUUAAGGACAAAGCAAUAUUGUUUUUCUUUCAGUUUGUGGCCAUAGAGAAAGCGCACGGAACCUUUGAAUCAUGUCACAUGCAUUUGCUGCUGCCGUAUGCCGGUCGGCUGCCCCCCUGGCCAUUCGUUGCACCCGCCGGGCCAUGAGCUCAUCCCGAAUGCUGCGACUGGCCUGCGCCACCGGGUCGACCACUGUCAACCGGGACUGGAAGGGGAAUAGUCUACUGCUCACUGGUACGACCGGCAACGUUCAGCAAUAUCUUCGACAAUACGCCAAUGAAAAGAAGGUCUUCGAGCGCACCAAGCCGCAUUGCAAUGUGGGCACCAUUGGCCAUGUUGAUCAUGGCAAGACCACGCUGACUGCAGCAAUCACCAAAGUACUGGCGGACAAGCAGCUGGCCGAGAGCAAAAAGUACAAUGAGAUUGACAACGCGCCGGAGGAGAAGGCCAGGGGCAUUACGAUCAAUGUGGCCCACGUCGAGUACCAGACAGAGUCGCGUCAUUAUGGUCACACGGAUUGUCCGGGACAUGCCGAUUACAUCAAGAACAUGAUCACGGGCACAGCCCAAAUGGAUGGUGCCAUUCUAGUGGUGGCUGCAACGGACGGCGCUAUGCCCCAGACCCGGGAGCACAUGCUGCUGGCCAAACAGAUUGGCAUUGAUCAUAUUGUGGUAUUUAUCAACAAAGUGGAUGCCGCCGAUCAGGAGAUGGUUGACCUGGUGGAAAUGGAAAUACGCGAGCUGCUCACCGAGAUGGGUUAUGAUGGGGAUAGUAUUCCUGUCGUAAAGGGCUCAGCUCUGUGCGCACUGGAGGAUAAAAACCCCGAAAUCGGCUCGGAGGCCGUUUUAAAGCUGCUGAAGGAAGUGGACAGCUUUAUACCGACUCCAGUGCGUGAGCUGGACAAGCCCUUCCUGCUGCCAGUGGAGAAUGUGUACUCUAUUCCCGGACGUGGCACUGUUGUCACUGGUCGCCUGGAGCGCGGUGUGGUCAAGAAGGGUAUGGAGUGUGAAUUUGUCGGCUAUAACAAGGUGCUCAAGUCGACGGUGACGGGCGUGGAGAUGUUCCAUCAGAUUUUGGAGGAGGCCCAGGCCGGAGAUCAACUGGGAGCCUUGGUGCGUGGCGUUAAGCGAGAUGACAUCAAGCGCGGCAUGGUUAUGUGCAAGCCGGGCAGUGUCAAGGCCAUGGAUCAGCUGGAGGCGCAGGUUUACAUACUGUCCAAGGAAGAGGGUGGUCGCCCCAAGCCCUUCAUGUCCUACAUUCAACUGCAAAUGUUCUCGCGCACCUGGGACUGUGCUGUCCAGGUGCAAAUACCCGACAAGGACAUGGUCAUGCCUGGCGAGGACACCAAACUGAUACUGCGCCUUAUCCGACCCAUGGUCAUGGAACAGGGACAACGUUUCACUCUGCGCGACGGAAAUCUGACUCUGGGCACGGGUGUGGUUACCAAGACCAUGUCGGCUCUGACUGAGACGCAACGCUCCGAGCUAACUGAGGGCAAGAAGGCGCGCGAGAAGAAGGAGGCUGCCAAGAAGUAAUAAAAAAUGUGUCGGCUAUUUAAUAAAAUCAUAUAUUUAAGCACUUUGUAUGCGUAUUCUGUAAGUUGUUGGCAAUUAAUUGCAGUCGAGAAAUAAACGAAACAAAA